AUGGCGACUGUUCUGGAGUUCGACCCUAAGGGGCGCGCUGUCGGUUUCCCGGCAUGGUUGCGGAAGCUCAAGCUCUACCUCGGCAGCCGUCUCGAGAACGACAUCCCUCUUUCCGAGCAUGCCGCUGGUGAUCUGACAGCCCCCCCCCCCCCCCCCCCCCCCACUGCAACAGAGCGAGAGUCGCUGUGGGGGAUGAGAGGGACGGGGGAAGGGCUUGGCGGGACUGCCAGCAGCUACAACGCUAGCGACAUCGCCAGCAGAGACCCCGCCAGCAGCUACACCGCCAGCAGAGACCCUGCCAGCAGAGACCCCGCCAGCAGAGACCCCGCCAGCAGCUACACCGCCAGCAGAGACCCCGCCAGCAGAGAUCCCACCAGCAGAGACCCCGCCAGCAGAGACCUCGCCAGCACCAGCCGCCGGCACCAGCCGCCCGUCCCUCUAUCCCCCCCCCCCUCCUCAGUCUCCUUCCCUUCCGCAACUAUGGUUGUGGGGGGGAGGUGGUGUGGAAGGGGUGGCCGCCGUGAGCCACUGCAGCACCACCCUCUUCCCUGCCUCUCCCCUCCCGCGGCUGCUGCUGUGGGGGGAAGGUGGGGUGUGGAGGAAUUAAGGGGGGAGGGAGUGCGGUUCCAGGGGGCGGCUGAAAUGGGGGGUGCGGUUAAAGGGGGGGUGGUUGAGUGGGUGUGGGGAUUUUGGGGUUCGUAA